CAGAAGGAAAAAAACGCUGAAAGGAGGGAAGGGAAGAGAGAACCCGAGGUUGAGAUUCCCAGCUGGAUGAGUUGCGUGUCCGGAGUUGAUCACCUUUGCGGCUUCUGACCUGCAGAGCUUGGGAAGAACCAAGAGGGAGAAGAAAGCUUUUAACCCUGGAAUCUGACUCUCUCUGUGUAAAUCUAAAUAUCUUUUAUUAAGAGAGUAGCUUGUAAAGGAAAUGAGGGCUGCUUCUUUUUGGAGGUGAUCUUUCCCAGAUAAGAAUCUGGUCAUUAAGGAGCGAUUCCUCCAAGGCUCAUUGUAUCCAGCGAGCUACCUUGCCCUGAGAAAGUUGGGGUAGGAGCAAAAAUUACUCUUCAGAAUGAAACCAGACAGUUAUAGAGGUGCAGAUGACAGACUCAAUAAUUCCUUUGUAGAACUGUUAUCAACAGCUCCUUGAACAGUUUGAGCUUUCUCGGUUGGCGCAGAAAGAACAUUCUUUGUUGUGCUUUUUUGAUGAUAUUUUUGAUGGGCAUACUGGGCAUAAUCUUGCUUCCAUUGCGCAUGGUAAGCUCAGUUCAAUUUUGAGGUAUGCCCACUGUGGGAUUCGUUGUCUAGUUUUGAAAUGAUUACGAGCCAAAACCUACAAAAGAAAACAAUGGUAAUUUUAUUUACCACUUUGCAAAGAGGGUUCAUCAAAUGCACACACAGAUCUCUCAUGGAUAAACCAUAAAAGAGAUAACUAUGGAGGAGGAUUUCUUAGAAUAUCUUGUCUGUGUUUCUGAAAAACUACUACUUGAAUAUGGCCAAACUGCUGAUAAAAGAGAUGAAAAGAAACUGAGAAAUCUGGUUAUGGUUAGACUACAUGCACAGUACCUAUAUGAUCUACGAAGCAUGCCAUAUUGUGUUUCACUCAAAAUAUGCGAUUUGUCUUGCAAUUUCCUUACAAAUAUUGAUGCACUUGAAUAUUGCAUUAAUUUAAUUAAAUUGGAUCUCCAUAAUAAUCACCUAGAAUUACUUCCUGGUCCAAUGUUUUGGAGAUACAUGAAGAAUUUACAAUUAUUAUAUCUACAUGAUAACGGAAUUUCAACACUAGAAGAUGUGCAUUCAUUAUCUUUUUGCCCUAAUCUUAUUGCACUAACUUUAUAUAACACUCCACUGUGUUUGAAAAUUGCCUAUAGGCACAUUGUUGUUAACAGCAUUUUUUCACUUAAGGCGCUAGACUACUAUGUCAUUUCUGAUGAAGAAAUAACCGAAGGUUGGAGACUACCUGAAAAAUACAAACCAUUUACUCUGCACUUUUUUGUUGACUAUUACCCUGUUUCUGGAAAGGAUACUACAUUUCAGGAAGAAAUGAAAAUAGUAAGAAAUAUAAUUUCCAAGAUCAAUCAUGUUCUAGUUCAUCAUUCACCAAUCCUGAUUAUUCAGAGAUGGAUCAGAGGAUAUUUAAGUAGAAAAACAUUGUGUGUGAGUCCUAUAUCUGAUGUUCUGUGGUAUAACCGUUAUACCAGAGGUAGAAAAAAGGCGCAUGUAACUUCCGUGGACAAUAAAAGCCCUAUCUCUGAAACUGUUAAGCAAGAACAGCCUACAAAAUAUAAGAGAGGUACACCCGCAAUCCAAAUUAUAGACAUGAACAAUCUUAAAGAAUUUCGUUUAACUUUAAGAAGAUUAAAAUAUCCUGUUAUCAGACUGGAAGAAAAGAAAAAGAUUAAACAGAAGGAAUCAAAGUCAACAAAGAAGGAGAGAGAAAAAACUGAAAUGAAGAUGGCAACUACAUUUAGACUUUCAGGAUCUAAAAUGCCUUUUUAUUCACCAAAUGAACAUCAGAAAAUGUACAAAGAGAAAGAGAGAGAAUUUUUUGAUACGGCUCAUGGUAUGCGUAACAUCACACAUCCUGUACCACAAACUUUGCCAAUAUAUGAACCUGGCAGCAUUGAAAAGAGAGUCUUUGCUAAAGCAUAUUGCACUGUAAGACUUCACCCUUUAUAUGCCAUUGAACAAGCAUAUUGGCAAAGUAAGAAGUUGGAUCUGCAAGCUAAGAAGGAGCGAGAUGUGAUGCGGCUGUUGAUUGCUAAAAGCGAAGCUAAAGAAUACAUGCAUCUUUUACAAGAAGAAAAAAUAGACAAUAUUCAAAGGAAUUAUGAAAAGGAAAAGAUGAUGGAUACAGAUCAUUUUAAAAAGUCCAAAGAGAGAAAAUCCAAGUUCAUUGUUAGGAUGAGAAGAAAAUAUAAUAAUUUUUUAGAAAAGAAGGAAGGAAAGCUAAUAGAAAACUCAUUCAUUCAGCGCUUUAGCACUCAACAUACUUCUUUGACUAGAGGUUUAUUAAAACUUGAUGGGUGGAGAAAUAACUUGGAAAUCCAUAAUGAAAGAAAAAAGGUUCUUGAAGGAAUUAGAAAAGAACAAAAAGAACGAAAAGAGGUGUAUGGACAUUUUCAGGAGGAGAGGCGACAAAUGUUACAAAAACAAAAUAUAGAAGAGAAAAUAUUUAGGAAAUCUGUGACAGAUAUAAUAGCAAGGGACAGAUUUGAACAAUCCAAAGCAAAACUUAAAACCGUGAAGGAACCUCAUGAAAAAAUAUUGUAUUCAUUACCAGUCAUUGGCAGUUCGAGCAGUGCAAAGCCUAUUGCAGAGUAUGGUGGCUAAGAAGAUGCAAUAUAACAAGGAUGAACACAAAGGGAGUAAAAAUGUAGCAGAUUUUUAUAGAUCAGAUUUGCUUUAAAGAUCGACCAGCAAGCUAUGAUGAAUGGUUGUAGUUACCUACGGGAAGUAUUUAAUUCACAGUCUAUCUGAAGAAUGGAAUUUGAAAGAUCCCUUUGCUUACAGGGGAGAGUAUUUAAAUAACUGAAAUAUACCAUUUUUUUUGUCUUUUCCCAGACUGCAACAUUCUGCAAAUUUAUGCUACUUCAACUGUGUGUUUCUUGCAUGCAAUGAUAGCUUCCAUGCAAUGAAUUGUGGAUGUGAAAAGGAAAAGGAUCACAAAUUAGAGCUUUCUACUACAAUCCGAGGCAAAAUAGGCAGGGGUGUGCACAACACAUAACAAUGUACACCUAUUCCUUUUACAAAAGCAAUACGCAUACAAUACACAGAACAUAUGCCCUGUUUUGAAAUUGAAGGCAAUGCUCUGGCUGUCAGAAAGUCAAUAUCUUGUCAUAUACAAAUAUUGUAUAACAAACAGAUUUGUACCUCUUAGGUCACAAUCACCUCAGAAUCAAAUAUAUGGCUAAUAAACAU